AUGAGCACUACUGUUGCUGCUGAUGAUGAUGUAGAGGAUCCAAAGAAGAAGUCAGGCAUCAAGGGAGGAGAUUGGCAUGUUGUUCUGUUGGUAGAUAGCAAUGAGCGUUGUCAACCCACCACCAAAUUCGCGCCACGCCAAGAUCUCGUGGAUCAUGUCAAUCAGCACUUUACCAAAUACUCGUGUAGUAGUGAUACGGGGAUCCCUCAUUGCGAGAGCCGACGACUAUUGGCAGGAGACUAUCUAUGGGUCGCUCGUCAUACCAUUACAGGCGAAGAACGAGUGCUCGAUACUGUCAUUGAACGCAAGAGCUUUUCGGAUCUGGUGUCAACGCUGACCGGGAAAAAGAACAACCGCUUUGCACCCCUGAAUCGCAUGGAGAUUCAAAUCAAAAAGCUACAAGCCACUACUCUUCCACACAAGUGGUUGCUGGUCGAACAUCACGCCUCCAAGUUUCUGCCCGACCACUGCAAAAAAGCCGCCGUGCAUUUCUUGAACCAAUUCAAGAAGCAGCAGCAGAACAACAACAAUAAUCCAUCCUCCGUGGAAUUGCGGCGUACCAAGAAUGUAUCCGGUACACUGCAAUUCUUAUUAGAGCAACACGAGCACAUGCGGAAUCAGAUGAGAAGACGACGUGGCUGCAACCAAAAGCAACCAGAAGGACCACCCUUUGCCCCCACCAAUGUUGGCACUAUCGACCAACUCAACCAAUCAAUCCAAAGUGCACUGGACGACCCUCAGUUUCAAUACUAUCUCGCCUUGAGACGGGUGGACAAAAUGGGAGAUAACAAAGCCCAAGUGAUAAUGAACCGAUUUCCCAAGCGGGACAACUUGACCGACUUUCUGGCUACGACAGCCGUCAAACAAGCGGUCAAGGAACUGGCCAGCUUGGAACUGGUCGGAAAGGUCUUGGCGGAAAGGAUACUUCAAGUGUUUGCAACACCCAAGGUAGCAGUCGUGACUCCACCAUCGCGCGCCAAAGCUACCACUACUCCAAAGAGACGAAAUUAUGAUGAUGACGACGACGAUGACUAUGACAACCAGCAUAGAAAGAAACGACCGCGGCGUCUCUUUGAUACCGGUAGUGCUACUGUCUCCACACCGGCGUCAACCCGGAGGAGACCGCUACCAAAUUCAAACUCCGACAGCAGUAGCAAUGACGACAGCCAGCUCAAUGGGGAGAGAAAGAAGAGACCGAUACUGGUAGACAACCCCCAAUCUGCGGUGAAGAGGCCAAAUUUGCUAGAGUCCGACAGCAGCGACGACAUUAGCAAUGAUGAACUUUACCAGCCGCCAAGUGCGCCAGGCAGUACUGGUAGUCAUCGCCCAUCGCUGUCGUCCAAGGAAAGGCUGGCAUUGCUGCAGUCCGACAGUAGCGAUGACGAGGAGCUCUUUUGGGACCCCUUUGACAGAACGAAAUGGAAACGGCGACUCGAGGGUGAUGCUCUAGCACCCACUGCUCCGACUAACAAGAGCAGUCCUACUACUACCAGCCCAGCAAAGGGAUCUGCAUUGACUACGGCUGCUACUGCAAAUACAACGGGGCAGCAAACUCAAAGACGAGAGUUCAGGAGAAGCAGAAAGAAGAGGCCCAUUCCUGACGACUCUUAUGUUAUUGAAAUUGAUUGA